CACAGUAAAUUCCAGGCAGUUUCCAAUGAGAGUAGCGCUUCCCGUUUCCCAGAACUUUGCCUAACCUGGUGCCGCCUCUCUCUCUCUCUCUUAUGGAUUAUUCAAAUCUCUUGUCAUUAAAUAUUCAGGAUGGUUCAGCCCAGUGGGAUUUACAAAAGGAACAGACGCAAGUGUAAAAUGGCCACGCCAAAGAAAGUGAAAGAGGUCAAGUCAAUCUGGGAAUUAGUGAUUUGAGGAAGAAAACCUCAAAAUGGUUUUGGACCGCUCGCUGGUUGCUGCAAAGAACGGGGACCUGCUAACGCUGCAGGAUUUGCAGAAACAGGGCUUGAUCCAACUGAAGGUAACCGACCAUCUCGGAGCGACUCCAGUCCAUCACGCCGCUCGAUCCGGCCAACUGAGCGCCGUGAAAUUCCUGGUGGAAGAGGCGAAACUACCCGGGAAUAAGCGAGCCAAGAAUGGGGCUACUCCGGCACACGAUGCAGCGGCCACCGGGAAUUCGGUCUGUUUGCAGUGGCUGCUCACUUCAGGAGGCUGCCACAUCCAGGAUAAAGACAGUUCCGGAGCUACGGUCCUACACCUUGCUGCAUGGUUUGGGCAUCAGGAUAUCACAGAGUGGUUGUUGAAAAGUGGAGGCAGUGAUCCAACAGCGGCAACAGACACCGGAGCCCUGCCUGUGCACUAUGCUGCUGCCAAAGGUGAUCUCCCAUCAGUACGACUGCUGCUUGGACACUGUCCCAAUGUUGUAAAUACACAAAUGAAAAAUGGUGCCACUCCACUCUAUUUGGCCAGUCAGGAAGGACACCUGGAGGCUGUUGAAUACCUUGUGAAAGAAUGUGGAGCAGAUCCACAUCUCCGGGCCAAUGAUGGGAUGACUGCGCUCCACUCAGCAGCACAGAUGGGACAUAACACUGUCAUUGUCUGGCUGGUGAGCUUUUCAGACAUUAGUCUGUUGGACCAGGACGACGAAGGGGCCACAGCUUUGCACUUUGCAGCCAGUCGAGGACAUGCCAAAGUUCUCAGUUGGCUAUUGCUACAUGGAGGUGAGAUUGUCACGGACAACUGGGGCGGCACCCCGUUACACGAUGCUGCAGAGAACGGGGAACUAGAGUGUUGUCAAAUCCUAGUGGUCAAUGGUGUCGAUCUGACUGUUCGUGAUCGUAACGGUUACACAUCUGCAGAUCUAGCUGAGUACAAUGGACACAGUCAAUGUGCCAAGUACCUCAAGACUGUUGAGAACAUGAGCGUGGAGCACCGGGUCUUGUCUCGAGACCCAUCUGUGGAUCUUGAAUACAAGCAGAUUGACUCGGGCAUGUCAUCCCCCAACACCACUCUCUCAUCGCAGCAGCAAGCCAGGUUCGACUCAGGUUCACCAUCCAGCACUCUGUCCAACUACGAUUCCUGCCACUCGAGCCAGUCCAGUACGAGAGAGAAAAGGAGCAGCUGCCAGGGCCCAGGGCAAGGGCCAGCAGCUGUUACAGAGAUGGACACGUACGUAAACAUGUUGAAUCCUGAGGUGAGCCAGCAGAAGGGCAAGGCAGCUGAAGACAAUGCCCUUCCCCCACCUCCCACCUUUCCUGCACCAACCCCACCAGUGACCUCUAACCCACCGCCCCCACCUCCCACCUACCCAGCACCAACCCAUCCGGAGGCAAACCCAUCUUCAGACGAGAACAUGGCCACAAAGAGUCAUCCUCAACACUCUGUUAACGAAACGCCAAAAAGACAUGAGUUAAACCUCAAUGAAAUAAAUCCAAAUAGACUGAGAAGAGUAGAAUCAAAUCGAAAAUCCAGAAGUUUUAACAAAGAGCCCAGCACAGCAGAUUACUACAAGAGUCUAGGAGACGACACAGAGGAGAAAAACCGAAUGGUACCCAAUGAAGAGGGCUCUCUUGUAUCUCAGGAGGGGCUGAGGAAUGAAAGUAUACCAGAAAACCAAACAACCAAUGAAAUACCUGCCCCUCCACCCCCUCCCCCACUCCCUGAAGGUGGGCCAGUCCCUCCUCCUCCACCCCCUCCCUUGCCAACUACAGAGACCCCACCACAGCCCAGCAACCAACAGCAUCAACCAUCAUCAUCUGUGGCAAGUGCAAAAUCUUUCAACAUGAUGUCUCCUACAAGUGAUAACUCUGACUUACUGGCGGAGAUCAAAGCUGGGAAAAACCUGAAGCCAACUGCGCAGAGUAAAGGAUGUACCGUGGUCUAUGCAAGUUCUGCAACAAUGCCUGAACAUGCAAAGCGCCAGGUCGGUAGUCCAACUGAGCCAGUUGUAAAUGGCAUGGCAGCAUCACAGGCAUUGGAUGUCGAAUCUCUCAUACCAACUCAUGAUGAACAGGGAACCCCGAUCCCAGAGUGGAAGAGGCAGGUGAUGGCACGGAAAUUGCAGGUUAAGAUCCAGGAGGAGGAAGAGCAGAAACGUCGAGAAGACCAGGAAAAAGCUCGUUUUGCUAAUAUGCCGGCUUGGAAGAGAGAUAUCGUGAAGAAGAAACUGGAUGAAGAAAGGGAGAAAAAGAGGAAAGAGGAAGAGAAGUUGAAGAAGGAUGAAGAAGAUAAACUGAAGGAACAAUCAGAGAUACUGCGGAAUCUUGGUUAUGACGAGUCAAAAUUGGCACCGUGGCAACGACAACUCAUCCUGAAGAAAGGAGACCAAGCGAAGCAAGAAUAAUAAUCUCCCUUGGAGCAAUCUUCCAUUUCUGCUGUAGCGUAGAUUGUGCUGUUCAGUAGGAGGCAGUUCGGAGGGGUUAAUUCAUUGCUAUACAUGCUGGGCCCAACACAGCAGAGUCCAUUGCUAAAUAGUAGCUUUCCUCAGAUCAUGUCACACCUCUGUAAGUUACAAGCCAAAAUUCACAGUUUGAGGAGAUUCUUUCAUGCUUUGAUCUGUACUUGCAUUUCUCACAUGACCUAUUAUCCCCAAUUCUCAGCAUUCUCACGUUAAUUGCUUGAGCACAAUGUUCUGUUGUGGGAUGAGUGAUUGAGAGCUGUUUACUGUCAUGGUGAUAAUAGUUUGUACAUCCAAAACCCUGAACAAAACUUAAUUCUGAAAGAAUGUAUUCCCAGUAUAAUUAAUCCUUUUUCCAUCAUAAAAUGACAGUCUGAUUUUAAAUUAUGGGGUAUGUUAGAUAAACACACUAAUGCCCUAAUGUAUCAGACAUAAUGGGAACUGCAGAUGUUGGAGAAUCCGAGAUAACAAAGUGUGGACCUGGAUGAACACAGCAGGCCAAGCAGCAUCUUAGGAGCACAAAAGCUGCCGUUUCGGGCCUAGACCCUUCAUCAGAAAAAGGCCUAAUGUACAGUGUUUUGCAUUGAGUGUGUUGGAUAAUUAAUUUAGUUUGUGUUUGUUAAAGGGAAGGUUAACAAGAGUAAGUAUUGACUCAGUUGGUGAAUGAAUUGCCCAAGUUUAGAACAGAGCAAAAGAAAUUAGCACGGUCCAUAGCUCAAUCUGUGGUGUGUCAGCUCAUCUCAGCCGGGUCCGAGAGACAUCACUCCGCUAAGGUUAGAUUCAGGAAAAAGUCAGAAGUCACACAAAGCCAGGUUAUAAUCUAACAAGUUUAUUUGAAGUCAUGAGCUUUCGGAGCACUGCUCCUUCAGUGGACUUCACAUGAAGCAGCAGCAGCACUCUGAAAGCUUGUGAUUUCAAAUAAACCUGUUGGACUAUAACCUGGUGUCGUGUGGCCUCUGGCUUUCAUCCACCCCAGUCCAACACCAGCACCUCCACAUCAUAGAUUCAGGAAAGGCAAGGUUUGACCAGUUGGUGAGGUUCCCAAUGUUUGAUGCCUAUUGCAGACAGAGCUGUAAUCCCUGCCAUAGUCUAUCACAUACCCCAUUAAAACCCAUCAUGAAUAGGAACAAAGUCAUGCAUAAAAUAGAUGGGGAGUAAAGCUGGGCUGUACAAUUGCAUCUGGCAUCUUAGCUUAGGUAAAGAGGGUGUUUGGUGUCUGUGGAUCCAUACCUCUAUAUCAACACUGACAGGGCAGGGAAGAAAGAUAUGCACCAUAUAAUACUUCUUAACGCAGUUUAGCAGACAGAACAUGAAACAGUUGAGUCCAUAUCAAAACAUUACUGAACAGCACUACUUACUUUGUUAGCUGCCUGAUAGGGUUAUUCAAAGGAAUGGUUUAUCUCUGAGCAAUGAUGACAUGAUAGACAAACACAAUUGCAGGGACUCCUAUCUGGACCCUGGCACAUUGCCUAUCUAUCAAUGUUGUAUAUAAUCAAAGAAUGACCACUUAUUUUACUUAUGUGUAGCAUAACUGUUCUCCAGACAUUAAUGUGCACACAGGGGAUAUAUCCCUUGUAAAGAUAUGCUCAUGAUGUUAUUUACAACACAGUUUGUGAAUGUUAUAUAUUUUCUUGAAUGCCAUAACAAUGUAAUGGAAAGAAGCAGUACAGAUAUCAUUGCCAUUAGCUUAUUUUCCACGACUGGAGAUCUUUCUGCAUCUUUUUAUUUUGCAUCCUUGUGCAGUUAGUUUCUCAGCAGCUGUGUCUCUUGCCCAAAAUGUCUCGACCAUUUAAAAUAAAUCAGUGAAAUAAC